AUGGCGCCCCGUCGUACUGCCACCACUUCGUCUACCACCACCACCACCACUACUACUACCUCUACUACACACUCCACCACCAACUCCUCCCGCUCGUCCCCAAAGAGCCUCCUGGCGUCAUUAGGCAUGGACGAUGACUCGGAUUGCUCGAGUCUAAGUUCAGCGCCGGCCUCUCCUCUGGCACCGCCUGGUUUCUAUCCGUCGCCGCCCCCGUCGCAGGACGCGGAUGAGCCUAGCGCCGCCCGCAGCCAAGACGACUUGCCGCCCGCCAGGAAGAAGCGUCGGGUCGCCGCCCCCAAAGAACGCCGAACUCAGCAUCUCGACCUGUCGGCCACCGCCGGCCUGUCCUACACUGAGCAGCAGUCGCAAAUUGACUAUCUCGUCAAGACGUUACAGCGUCACCGCAAAAUUGUCGUCAUCGCCGGUGCGGGUAUCUCCACCUCCGCAGGAAUUCCUGAUUUCCGCUCCACCGACGGUCUUUUCAAGUCUCUGCAGAAGAAACACAACCUCAAAGCAUCGGGAAAGCUCUUGUUCGAUGCAGCCGUCUACCAGGAUGAGGCGUUGACCGCCUCCUUCCAGGACAUGGUACGGUCGCUGUCCGAGGAAGCAGCCAAGACCUCUCCCACAGCUUUCCACCACAUGCUGGCGCGACUGGGUCAGGAGAACCGUCUCACUCGUCUCUACACACAAAACAUCGAUGGCAUUGAGACCUCAAUGCCUCCGUUGGCCACGCAGAUUCCGUUGAACGUCAAAGCACCCUGGCCCCGCACCAUUCAGUUGCAUGGCAGUCUUGACAAGAUGGUCUGCCAGAAAUGCCGGCAUCUGAGUGACUUCGAUGCGGGCUUAUUUGACCGUCCCGAUGCCCCCGAAUGCCCGGAGUGCUGCCGUAAUAAUCAGUUCCGUAUGGAAACCGGCCAACGUAGCCAUGGUAUCGGCAAGAUGAGACCCCGCAUUGUCCUGUACAACGAGCACAACCCGGACGAGGAGGCUAUCACGUCCGUCAUGAAUGCUGACAUCCGUUCCCGCCCGGACGCUCUAAUUGUGGUCGGUACGAGUCUGAAGAUUCCCGGAGUGCGUCGCCUGGUAAAGAGUCUUUGCUCCGUGAUCCGGAGUCGUCGUAACGGAGUGACCAUGUGGAUCAACAAUGAGUACCCCACCGGCAAAGAAUUCGAGGACUGCUGGGAUCUGAUGGUCAAGGGCGAUUGUGAAAGAAGUUGCACGACUGGCCAACCUCAAACGGUGGGAUGCGCAGGACGACAAGGCGAGGUGUCGGUUGUUGUCACCCCCAGCAAGAAACGACCUACUCCCACAGGCUUCCUUACUCCAUCGUCAAGUUAUGAGGAUGAAUCCAAACCAUUGGCGAAGAAAGGUCGCCCGAACCCCGCCAGCAACGGACGGAGCAUUACAGAUGUGCUGCAGGCGGCCAAGACGGACGGGCCAAAGAAGGCAGCUCCGAAGAAAGCUGCUCCGAAGAAGGCUGCGCCUAAAGGACGAUCAAAGAAGGUCGAGCCAGCGAAGAACUCCAAGAUCAACAAUUUCGGACGGGUCACCAAGGCUCAGAAAGCCGCCACAAGUGACAAGUCGACCAAGCUGGACAAGGACGACACCAAGGCGAUGCACCCGUUGGCUCCGGGCGCUGCUCGCAACAACGGACCGAAUCAGACGUUCCCCAAACUGGUGGGCAAGGGUGCGUCCACUCCUCCACCAAGCGGUCGGUGGCGACAGAACGAGACCAUUUCUCCUGAUUCUAUCCCUCGGGGGAUGAAUCUGUUACUGAACGAGCCGACCGCAUGA